CCUGGUGUGCCGCGGGGGGACUCGGGGGGCCCGGCUUCCAUUCCUCCGGCGGCCCCUCCUCGAUCCCCGAAGCCCCUCGGGCUGACGGCAAGCGCGCGCGGCGGACGGCGCGGACGAGCGGCAGCUUCACUCCGGAUGGCCUUAGUCCCCACCCCAGGGUGGGCAGCAGAAGUGUCCCGACUGUGCAGCCCUGUUAACCCUUUCCGCGUGAGAUCUGUGGCUCUGGAGCCAAUAGGGCUCCUUUUGGGGGCGGAGGCAGGCAGCGUUUCAAGAGCCAGGGAGAGCCUGUGCUCUGCUGGGCUCCCCGUUCCUUUCACUGCAGCGUUGGCCACGGCAAGGCAGAGGCUGGGGGGCACCUCGGUCUGGGUGAUGUCUUUCUAGCACUUUAAACCGGCUAGGGGACUCCCAGAGCCCUGCUACUGAUCCCAAACAGCGCUUUGGGAGAGGCCUUUGUUUCCCAGCCUGUUCUCUCUUCCUCCUGUUUCUAACACACACAGUACAUGCUGCACCACUAUCACUUCUGGUGCCUCCAAGCCAUGUCCAGCGCCAGCUGUGGCUCCUGGGCACAGGACUUGGGAGCCUGUGGGACAUGCUUGGAGUUCAUGUACUCGGCAUGUGCGCACCUGGCUAUCGGGGUGCAUGUUUUCUAUGAUCUUUCUCUCUAGAUCUUUCAUAGCCUGUUCCCCUACUUCUUAGAGAUCCUCUUGUCUGCUGGGCACUCGUGGGCAGGAGGUAGGUUGACAUCUCCUAUAAGUGUGUGCACACGUGUUGACUCUCCCCCUCUGGCUGCUGCGUGCACAUGCAUGCCCAUGUGCACACACAGGCCAGAUUUUGGAUUACCCGUGCAGUAGCUCUGAGGCACCUAUGGAUGGAAGCAAGCCAAACUAGUGUGAAGGUUACAGACUUCAAGAAAGCCCAGGAUUCCCAAGACUUCACUGUAAUUCCCAUUUCGCUUCAUCUGACGGACAUCACAGAGCAGUGAACGAAGCUUAUGCUGUGGCAGGACCUUUUCUUGACUCUCUUCCUACCUGGCCCUCUUGCUCGGCCCGGACACCCACCCAGCCCCACCACGCACGCAGAGCCAGAAAGGAAAGAGAGCCUCAUGCCUAAGCCGAGGGGAGCGCCAUGGAUCUGACGAAGAUGGGCAUGAUCCAGCUGCAGAACCCCAGCCACCCCACAGGCCUCCUGUGUAAGGCCAACCAGAUGCGGCUGGCUGGGACGCUGUGCGAUGUGGUCAUCAUGGUGGACAGCCAGGAGUUCCACGCCCACCGGACUGUGCUGGCCUGUACCAGCAAGAUGUUUGAGAUCCUCUUCCACCGCAACAGCCAGCACUAUACUCUGGACUUCCUGUCGCCGAAGACCUUCCAGCAGAUUCUGGAGUAUGCGUACACGGCCACGCUGCAGGCCAAGGCGGAGGACCUGGAUGACCUGCUGUACGCAGCCGAGAUCUUAGAGAUCGAGUACCUGGAGGAACAGUGCCUGAAGAUCCUGGAGACCAUCCAGGCCUCAGAUGACAAUGACACGGAGGCCACCAUGGCUGAUGGUGGGGCCGAGGAGGAAGAGGACCGCAGAGCCCGGUACCUCAAGAACAUCUUCAUCUCGAAGCAUUCCAGCGAGGAGAGCGGGUAUGCCAGCGUGGCUGCACAGAGCCUCCCCGGACCCCUGGUGGACCAGAGCCCCUCAGUCUCCACUUCCUUCGGUCCUUCAGCCAUGAGUCCCACCAAGGCCGCGGUGGACAGUUUGAUGACCAUAGGACAGUCUCUCCUCCAGGGAGCUCUUCAGCCUCCCGCAGGGCCCGAGGAGGCAGCAAUGACUGGGGGUGGGCGGCACGCUGCGGUGGCUGAGGUGAAGACCGAGAUGAUGCAGGUGGAUGAGGUGCCUGGCCAGGACAGCCCUGGGGCCACCGAGUCCAGUGUGGUGGGUGCCGUGGGGGACAAAGUGGAAGAGAGAGGCAAAGAGGGGCCCGGGACCCCAACUCGGAGCAGCGUCAUCACCAGUGCUCGGGAGCUGCAUUACGGGCGUGAGGAGAGCGCUGAGCAGCUGCCGCCUCCAACCGAGGCUGGCCAGGGGCCCCCCGGCCGACCGGAGCACCCUGCGCCCCCCGCUGAGAAACAUCUGGGCAUCUACUCCGUAUUGCCCAACCACAAGGCCGACGCCGUGUUGAGCAUGCCCUCCUCAAUGACUCCUGGCCUCCAUGUGCAGCCUGCCCUGGCUGUGUCCAUGGACUUCAGCACCUACGGGGGGCUGCUGCCCCAGGGCUUCAUCCAGAGGGAGCUGUUCAACAAACUGGGUGAGCUGGCUGUGGGCAUGAAGUCGGAGAGCCGGACCAUCGGGGAGCAGUGCAGCGUGUGUGGGGUGGAGCUUCCUGAUAACGAGGCUGUGGAGCAGCACAGGAAGCUGCACAGUGGCAUGAAGACGUAUGGGUGUGAGCUCUGCGGGAAGCGGUUCCUGGAUAGUUUGCGACUGAGGAUGCACUUACUGGCUCAUUCAGCGGGUGCCAAAGCCUUUGUCUGUGACCAGUGCGGAGCCCAGUUUUCAAAGGAGGAUGCCCUGGAGACACACAGGCAGACCCAUACUGGCACGGACAUGGCCGUCUUCUGUCUGCUGUGUGGGAAGCGUUUCCAGGCGCAGAGCGCGCUCCAGCAGCACAUGGAGGUCCACGCGGGCGUGCGCAGCUACAUCUGCAGCGAGUGCAACCGGACUUUCCCCAGCCACACCGCCCUCAAACGCCACCUGCGCUCACACACAGGCGACCACCCGUAUGAGUGUGAGUUCUGUGGCAGCUGCUUCCGGGACGAGAGCACACUCAAGAGUCAUAAACGCAUACACACGGGCGAGAAACCCUACGAGUGCAAUGGUUGUGGCAAGAAGUUCAGCCUCAAGCACCAGCUGGAGACACACUAUAGGGUGCACACAGGCGAGAAACCCUUCGAGUGCAAGCUGUGCCACCAGCGCUCCCGGGACUACUCGGCCAUGAUCAAGCACCUGAGAACGCACAACGGUGCCUCGCCCUACCAGUGCACCAUCUGCACGGAGUACUGCCCCAGCCUCUCCUCCAUGCAGAAGCACAUGAAAGGCCACAAGCCCGAGGAGAUUCCCCCUGACUGGAGGAUAGAGAAGACUUACCUCUACCUGUGCUACGUGUGAGGCGGGGCCACGGCAGGGGACGGGCAGCCCGGAGAGAAGAGUUACAGCAGGGUGAAUUUGACGACGAAGGACUAUGUGGAAAAAAAGAGAAAUAGAAAAAAAAAAAAAAAAGAAAAAAGAAAAAAAGGAAAAAAAAGACAAGAAAAAAGGAAACCCGAUAGCUGUCUGGCCUUGGAGACUCUCUGGGGCUCCAGGUGACCUGGAGACCCGGCCACUGCCCCUCCCCGGGGUGCGAGGGGCCCUGUGUCCCUCCUUCUGGCUGGAGGCUGGCCUCAUUUUCUUGGGUGGGGGUGGAGGUGGUUUGUUCAGCUCAGAUGAUGGUAUAUUUUUCUCUUCCCUCCACCCAGACCCCCCCUUUUGCAUCCAGAAGUGGAGGCUAGGAAGGGGGUGAGCCAAACAAUCUGCCUGUCACCCUGUGGCUGAGUCCUCCAAAGAGGGGCCUGGGGGCAGGGAGGGGGUCUGCAGGUGGUGGGGCUGGGUCAGGUCAUAGUUGAUGGUCACACGGCAGCUCUGGUUUGAGGGGGGGCAUAUGGGAGCGGGGGGGGGCUUUCCUUCUCUUCCUAUGACUCAGUUUAUCUGUUGUUCCCCCUGCACCACCACCACCCCCGCCCCACCGCCACCCUGCCACGUGGGGGUGUCCCCUCAAGGUCUUCAGCAGCCUCGUGGCUGUCGCCCCACCCCCAGCUCCUUGUCUCCCCGUGACUGACUCCUGUCCUCCAAGGGCAAGGACACCCUGCCCCUCGUGGAUGGGGGUCGGGGGAAUGGGGAAGCAGCUUCCUCCUUGCCCAGCUCCCUAGUAGGGAAGGGGGCUGCAUUUGGCUCCAGAGCCCCCACCCCACCCUCGGCUUUCUGAGAACAUGAAAUAAAUGGAAUUCCCCACCCUAGUCAAGCCCGGUCAUGAGCAAGGUUCCUGCUGAUUUGCUUUUGCUUCCAACACAGGAAACAUCACUAACCAUAUACUGUCCCACCAAACACACCAACACCCAUCCCUGCAGCCCCUAUUUCAGUCCCUAGGAGAAGGCUCGCCCUCCGAGGGAGGGAUGUAUACAUGUCCUUCUCCACUGUGCCCUCCGCCCGAGGAAGGGGACACCCCAGCCACCAGGGGCUGGGGUAGCUGGCCGGAGGCGGGGGGAGUUGUACUGGGGACCCCCGCCCUGGUGCAGAGAGCGGCACAGAAUUCCUGGCUCUCAGGGCGCCCCCCAACCAGUCUAUAGGGAGGAGGAAGGAGAGGAGGAGGAGUUGAAAGCGCUUUGGCCUUUGUGUUAUGUUUUGCAUCUUUUCCGUGUCCCCUGUUCCCCUGUUAGCACAUUGUACUUGAAUUACCUCAGUUUUUUGUGACCUCAUGAGCUUUUUAACCCCUGUAUCUCUUUUUUGGUUGGGGGUUGGAGGAAUAGGGAGGACGUUCUUUUGUGUUUCUUGUGUAAAUUAAUAGUUGGUUUAAUAGACUUCAGCUGGCCUCGCCCUCCCCGUCCUAGCCGGAAGAUGCUGCACAGAAAGGAGUACUCAGGAUCUGAAUGUGGGAGCCAAGGGGGGGGGGUCGUGGGGGGCAACAGAAGGUGGGCAGAGGAGAGGGUGUGUCGGGGGCACGCUGGCUGGAGUCUCCGUUGGCUUUGCCCGGGGCAACCCCCCCACGCCCUCUGCGCCCAGUAAGGCUUCAGCCUGAAACACUCUGGAGAAGAUUCCACCUUUCUCACAAUUUGCUGGGUCAUUUGGGUCUGGGGAGCCCCGUAUUAUUCAGAUCCUGUCAACUGCAUGGCCCCACCUCUGAGGGUGCGAUCAUUGCCAAAAUCGGUCUCUUUUCAGGGCCGGCGUGGGGAUGAGCCAGCCUUUGUUCUGUUGCGUGAGGGUGGGGGUGUUGUUUUUCUAAAAGCUACCUCUUAUGUUCCUCCAAUUUUUCUUUUUCCCCUUCACGCCUCCCAUUCUGCUGCUCUGCUUUGCCCCCCCACUUCCCAGCCUCCCCACCCUGAAUUUUGGAAAGCACAUUUGCAAUAUUUGUGUUCACUUUGGGAUGGGCCCUGUUUCAUCUCACGGCUUUAUUUGUAAGAGUUGUGUGCGUGUGCGUGUGCGUGUGCGUGUGUGUGUGUGUGUGUGUGUUUUCUUUCCUUUCUCUCUCUCAGAGAAAGUUGUGGCUGCGUUUUUGUCUUAGGUUUUUUAAAAGUGGUUUCGGGAAGCGGUUUUGGGGAGGCUUGUGAGGGCUGUAGGGACGCCGGAGGGAUGGGUGCUGCUGUGACCACCCCCCUGUCCCUCGGUCCCAGCCCUCCUGUCCUUCCCCCGCAAUCUCGCCCACCAAAUCUGAAGGCCUUAAACAUUGUGUGUUGGGGGGUGGGAUAUGAAUUUGGGAGACAGUGUCACUCGACUGUGGAUGGGGGAUGAUAAGGUAGGGAGGAUGCGAUUUUGCAAUUGUAAUAAUGACUUAGUGCUUUGGAAAGGAAAAAAAGUUAAACUUGAAAUAUGUGACUAGAGCAGUUGUCAUGUUGAUAAUGUGAAAAGAGGGGAAUUGGGGGGGAGGGGGCAGUCUGUAAGAAAUCAUUAUGCACUAUGCUUCCUCCCCCAGUCUGGGAAGAAGGGGUACUGCUGGCCCUUAGGGGAUCUGUAAAUCCCAGAAAACAAUAUUUUAACAGCAAGAUAUCAUUCAACUUUGGUGGGGAAGGAAAAAAAAAAUCAAACUAUUCCAUAGACCUAGCUGACGCCUCUCACUCCCCGCCCCCACCCACCCUUCCCACGCAGCCUGGGUCUCCUGCCCUAUUCAUAAAAGCUGAGAGGGUUGAGCUAAUAUUUACAAAUUGUAAUAUUUUUGUAAUGUUUGUUAGUUCCUUUGUCAGUUCUACAGGACCUUGCCCUUUCUUUUUUGUAAUGUGAAUAGGAAAAAAAAAAGAAAAAGAAAAAAAAAAUCUGCCACCACCAUCACCACCACCACCACCACCACCACCACCACCACCACCACAAUAUCCCUUUGUACGUGUGCGCACGUGUGCUUUUUGUGUGUGAUUGUGUGUUAAAUCAUGCAGUAUUGUUGUGAUUUGGUGUUGCAGCAUUGGACGGUACUGAGUGAGCACCUGCCUGCUCCCACCACCCCCGAGGGACCCUAGUGGGGGAAGUGAGGACAGAGGGGGUCAGGGCAGGCUGGUGUCUGAAGGAUACUGGGUGGGAGAUGCCCGUGCUGGCUUCUGCUCUCCUUGCCUCCCCCACGAAGCCUGGACACCCUGCAUAGAGUCCCAACACGCCUCUUUGCCAGGUUCCUACUUAACAAAGUCAUCCUGACCUUGCCAAGGCCUUCUCAGCCUAGCCAGGCCUAAAGGCCAAGGUGAAGGUCAAAAAUUACGUGGAGUCUGUAGAUGUGUAUGGAGUAAGGGGGCUGUGGAGACGAGGGAGGGUGGAGAGCACUGUCUCCCCAGGUGAGAGCUGAGUGUUCUUACUUCCCUCUUCGUCCUACCAUCUGGCCCCUUGGCCACCCACUGCCUUUAGCUGUGGUCCUGCUGACAACCCUACUUGCUACUGCCUUAUCCAGCAUAGCAAAACUUCUCCAGCCCGGGAAGUCCGAGCUGGUUAAUGGUCCCUUUCCAGUGUUCAGCUCUCACAGGCGUGUCCCUUAAUGCUUUUGGUGACAUUUCCCUGUCGUGUGCUCUUUCCCUAUUCCCUCCUUCAUUCAUUCAAAGCAUUAAAAUCCUAUGUGUAUAUAGGAUAGACAAAUAUAUAGAGAUAUAUAUAUAGCAAGAGAGAGAUAUAAAAUAGUAAAUAUCAUUGCUGCUUUGGGCUGCUUUGGAGGAGGCCACGGAUAUGGGGAAGGUAGAUCUGGGGUGUAGGGGUGGGUGGGGAGGCCGGGGGGCCCCCAGUGUCUCAGUACAAUCCAGGGAUGCAAUGCAGGCUUGUUUAAUCUUUGUGCCUGAAUUUCUCCAUGUGUAGAAAACAAAACAAAACUGCUGCAAUUUUUCACAAGUGUAUGGUACCCUUCUUGGAUGCUGUCGGUCCCACCGGCCGCCGGGGUGUUCAGGCCCUUCAGAGAGAGGGCCAUUUGGCUGACCUCCUUGCAGGGGAGCGAGCGGUGGUGGGAUGGCCUUUGGACUUUGUGCACAAGAGCUGGCGGGGCAGGAGGAGAUUUGGGGGUAGUAGCUCCCUGAAGGCCCAACAAGAGUGAAAGGAGGGGGCACCAGAUGUUAGAAAAGCAGAAAAAGAUCCGACUCUGUUCAUUUUCCCAGGCCUAUGUUCUAUCUUUUUCUAUUCCCGUCUGGUUUCCUCUUUUCCUGGAGCUUAGUGGCGGCACUUACCUGGAUAUUUCAGUAGGAGGGGGAAGAAGCCAGACUGACCCAGCUUAGGGGCGCUGGUGGGUGGAGGAAGAGGCAGAGAACCGGCCGGGAGAGGGGUGCAAGACAGACCAGGGAGGCUGGGUCGGGAAAGAAGGGUGGAGAGAGGGGGGUGCAGGUCCUGCAGGCCUGUCAGCUGGUGGCCCUGCCUCCUGGGGUCCUUGGCGUCCCACUUUGCAGACAGGGUACCAGCCUCCUGGUGUGUGUCAUAGGCUUUGUUCACAUAGUGUUAUGCAUGAUCUUUGUAAGGUUAAGAAGCCGUGGUGGUGUACCAUGACAUCCGACCCAUAUAUAUAAAGAUAAAUAUAUAUAUAUAUGUAUGUAAAUUAUAGCACUGAGGGCCCUGCUGCCCUGCUGGACCAAGCAAAACUAAGCCUUUCGGUUUGGGUAUUAUGUUUUGUUUCGUUAUUUGUUUGUUUUUGUGGCUUGUCUUAUGUGUGGUGACAGCACAAGUGCCAGUCCGAUCGCUCUGUAUUACAGAAUAGUGUUUUUAAUUAAUUGAUGUUCUAGUUCAUGUCUACCUCAGCACCUCCUCUUAGCCUAAUUUUAGGAGGCUGCCCAAUUUUGUUUCUUCAAGUUAACCGGUUACUUUUUUGUACAAAUCUCUCUCCCCACCACACCUACCCAGCUCCCCCUCCCUGCCCAGCCCCUUCCCUGUCCCCCUAAGCCCUGUCCCCCCAGCCCUGCCCUAAGCCCUGUCACCCCAAACCCCACCACCCAGCCCUGCCCCCCGCCAAACCCCACCACCCUAAACCCCGCCACCCCAGCCCUGCUUGCCAGUCCUACCUGUUUUCAUCCCGAUGCUGUGCCCCUGAUGUUGUGCGGUCCUGGUCGCAGCUUUUCCGCAUCUGCCUUCGUUCCGUGUAGAUUGAUGCGUUUCUUUGUAAUUUCAGUGUUUCUGACAAGAUUUAAAAAGGAAAAAAGAAAAAAAAAAGAAAAAAUGAAUUUACUGCUGCAGGUUUUUUUCUCUCUCCAUGUGUCACUAAGUGAAGUUUGUGCCUUCUAUAGCAAAGAGAAUAUUUUUUACAUCCUACUAACAGUAGAUUUUUUUGUAGUGAACAUUUUUUGUAUUUUUAUUUAUAAGUCUCAUAAGGAAAAUAGCAAUGUUCAGUUGUAUACCUUGAAUCUGCAGUUAGAAGAGAAUAAAGUUAAUUCAGUUGUC